AUGUUCUCUUCCCGAUCUCACUUACACUCCCGCAACCGGAUACUGCUAGCUCAGGCUCACCGUUAACUCCUCAGAAGCAAUGAACAAUCAGAAUUCAAUUCUCUCUCACUAAUCAAUUCCGUUCUGUUCCUCAAUAAUGGCGCUUCACACUUCUCUCUCACUCCCUCUCUCUCUCCUCUCUCCCUCCAACGCCAAGCUCUCGGCCACCUCCGCCGCUCUCUUCACUCCACCACCUCGCGGUUUUAAUCGCCGGGGACCGUUGCUCGCGGUGAGCUUUCAAAACGGAACCGUCACGACCGCCGUCGGCGAUGACUUGCCGCUGGAUUACUCGGAUUGGCUCCCCAACCGCUACUCCACUACCAGUGAUCGCAGACGAGCUGGAGUGCUCCUCCAUCCGACGUCGUUUCCUGGCCCCUACGGCAUUGGAGACCUUGGCCCCCAGGCUUUCCGGUUCCUCGAUUGGCUUCACGAUGCCGGUUGCUCUCUUUGGCAGGUACUUCCUCUUGUCCCUCCUGGAAGGAGAGCUAAUGAAGAAGGAUCACCCUAUUCAGGCCAGGAUGCAAAUUGUGGCAAUACCCUUUUGAUUUCUCUUGAAGAACUUGUGGAUGAUGGCUUGCUAAUGAAAGAGGAGCUUCCAGAACCUCUAGUCAUGGAUCGUGUGGACUACGCAACUGUUGCUGAAAUAAAGGAUCCUCUAAUAGCCAAGGCUGCAGAGAGGCUUAUUUCCAGUCAAGGGAAACUCAAGUAUGAGCUUGAACAAUUUCGUAAGGAUAGAAGUAUUGCAAGUUGGCUUGAGGAUGCAGCUUGUUUUGCUGCUAUAGACAGUACUUUUAAUACAUUUAGUUGGUAUAUUUGGCCAGAACCAUUAAAAAAUCGUCAUCUUGCUGCACUAGAAGAAAUUUAUCAAACUAAAAAGGAUUUUAUAGAUAUAUUCAUUGCUCAACAGUUCUUGUUCCAAAGGCAGUGGCAGAAAUUGCGUAAUUAUGCACAGAAGAAGGGAAUAAGUAUAAUGGGAGACAUGCCAAUCUAUGUUGGUUACCACAGUGCAGACGUUUGGGCAAAUACAAAACAAUUUUUGCUGAACAGGAAAGGCUUUCCCCUUCUGGUUAGUGGAGUUCCCCCGGAUGCCUUCAGCGAAACUGGUCAGCUAUGGGGCAGCCCUCUAUAUAAUUGGAAAGCUAUGGAAAAAGAUGGAUUCUCAUGGUGGGUACGGCGCAUAAGACGAGCUCAGGAUCUUUUUGAUGAAUUCAGGAUUGAUCAUUUCAGAGGAUUUGCAGGCUUCUGGGCUGUCCCCUCUGAAGCAAAAAUUGCAAUGGAUGGCCGUUGGAAGGUGGGUCCUGGGAAACCUUUAUUUGAUUCCAUCUCCAGAGCUGUAGGAAAGAUAAGUAUUAUAGCUGAAGACCUGGGAGUCAUUACUGAGGAUGUAGUUCAGCUUAGGAAGUCCAUUGGGGCACCUGGAAUGGCUGUCCUGCAAUUUGGCUUUGGAAGUGAUGCUGAAAACCCUCACUUGCCUCAUAACCAUGAGUGCAACCAAGUAGUAUAUACUGGGACUCAUGAUAAUGACACGAUCCAAGGCUGGUGGGAUGGCCUGCCACAAGAAGAGAAAUCCAAUGUACUAAAGUAUCUUCCAAGCAUUGAUGAGCAUGAAAUUUCCUGGGGCCUAAUCCAGGCUGCACUUGCUUCAGUGGCACAAACCACUAUCAUACCCAUGCAAGAUAUCCUUGGCCUUGGAACUUCUGCUAGGAUGAAUAUUCCUGCAACUCAGUUUGGGAAUUGGAGUUGGAGAAUACCUCGUUCUAUCAGCUUUGACAGCUUGGGCAACGAAGCAAAGAAGUUAAGAGAUAUGCUAGGCACUUAUGGGCGGUUAUAAUGGCCAGUAAUCGCUUGAGAUAUCAGAAGUGAAUAACUAGCUUGGUCACAAUUACUCUAGGCUGGCUCGAGCUAGAUGCAGAUGGCCAUACAGUCAAAUAAAAGAGGUUCAAAAGCUGUUGCUGUGAAGGGCUUUGGUCUCACAUUUUAUAUUCAAUAGUUCCUGAAAUCGUCCGACAGCUGAGAAAGGUAAAUAAAAGAGAAGCAAAAAGAAUAAACAAACCUAUUUCAACGGUACGGUAAUAUGGUUGUAGUUGUUGGUGUGUUGGUAUUAGUUUAUAUGACAUGAGAGUCCAAGCUUGUAAAAUAACGGCAAGACUUUGGAGAAUCGAAGAUUCUGUUUAUGUUUUCAAGUAUAUGUAUAUGUGGUGUUGUUGAUCGA